AUGCAACUUCCGCUUUUACGGCCUCCCGCUCAGCGCUGCCAAGUUUCCCAGUGCGUGAGUGCCUGCGUUUGUACCAGUGUUGCCUUGGCACAGCUGUUGAGCCGUGCUGUUCAGUACACCUGUAUGGAAGAACGCCCAGCCAUGUCGUCGUGCAUCUCGUUGUGCAGCCAAGCGACAAAUGCAAGGUUUGGCUUCGUCGGCUGCUCGCCAAUUCCAAAAGCCAAAAAGUCGCGUCGAUUCCGGGGUCGACUGCGACUCUGCGUUUCGAAUUUCGCGGUUCGAUUCUGGCUUGGUGAUGGUCCAGCCCUCGUGCUGCUACCCAGCCGUAAAAGUCAGAAAUCACGCACGCAGGCACCGAAGCACGCAGCGUCGAAAUUCGUCUCCGCCGACGAGGCACGCUCUCUCUUUCUCUGUGUCUCUCUUGCCGAACGGACUCGACGCUGA